CAGCCACCCCUGGGAAACUGUGACAACGGCCGCCAUGCAGAAAUACCCAAAUCCCAUGAACCCCAGUGUGGUUGGCGUUGACGUGCUGGACAGACACGUAGAUCCUAGUGGGAAGCUGCACAGCCACCGGCUCCUCAGUACGGAAUGGGGAAUACCUUCCAUUGUGAAAUCGCUCAUCGGCACAUGCAGAACAAAGACCUAUGUUCAGGAGCACUCUGUUGUUGACCCAUUGAAAAAAACAAUGGAGCUUAAAUCCAGCAAUAUUUCAUUUACAAAUCUAGUGUCAGUAGAUGAGAGGCUUGUCUAUAAACCACACCCUCAUGACCCACACAAAACCGUUUUGACACAAGAAGCAAUAAUAUCAGUAAAAGGUGUCAGUCUGAGCAGUUACCUAGAAGGGCUAAUGGCAAACACAAUUUCUUCCAAUGCUAAUAAAGGCCGUGAAGCAUUGGAAUGGGUAAUUAAUAGGCUGAAUGCAGAAAUAGAAGAGUUUGCAGCUUCAGAGAGGAACCGUGAGGAAUUCAAUGGCAGCAGCAGCAUUUGUAGAGAAAUGACAGUAAAUAUACCUGUAUUACUAAUGAGGCUUAACAACCUGAAGCUUCUCUCCAAGCCUAAAUACAUGUACCCUUUGUUAUUUAAAGGCAUACCUGUGUAUUAGGCAGGUUUUACAUUUAAUUUGGAGAAAAGCUGCUUUCUUACUAAGGAGGCUGAUGGCAAAGCCCAGUUAAUAAUAUAUUGGUUCAGCUGAACCAGAUUUAAGUUACAGAUGAAGAAAUAAUUCUGAAUUAUAGUUCCUGUAUUUACAUGAACACUAACUUAUAAUGUUCUCAGAUAUGAAAUAGCCUCAUUUAGUGAUGAGGCUGCAUAUGGUGGAGGAGACUGGCAUGUUAGGUUAACUUCUGUGGAAUUUUUAUGUGUGUGUGACUUAUGGACUACCUCUU